UGUCUUGCUCAGUCAAACAACAGCUCAUCGUUGGUUGACUGUACUGGUACAAACCUUUGUCCACAGUCCACCAUUAGCAAAAGCAUCAAUCAGCGUAGUAUCUUUCUUGCUGCUGGCCUCUGCAGGUUCUGCUCGGCCUUCAUCACACUUUCACCUACUCCCAUUGCUCCCCCAUUAAUUUUUUACCGGAUCAAAAGCAACUUCCUUCCUGUCCUGUGCAUCGAGGAGGAGAGAGAGAGAAAGAGUGUGUGAGAGAGAGCGAGAGUCAAGAACAGCAAGCAGCCCUGAACCCAACAAACAUUUAAGAGGGGGGAGCUAAAAAAAGUUGCAGUCUUUACCGGCACCAUCCCUACAACGCCGCAUCCAAGCAGCCGUGGCAUCCGCCCGUUUCUUGCGUGCUUCCUUACUAGUAGCUGUCAUCCUUGGUAGUGAACCAGCGGAGAAGAGAGAGAGAGAGAGAGAGGUGAACCGGCCGCCGUGCGGUCGACCCAUGGUGAUCCCCGUGCUGGACACCAUGGCCGUGUCCUCCUGGUAGGGGAUAAGCGGCCGAGGAAAGCAGCAAUCUUCCGCUGCGCGGAGGGAGAAGGGUCAAGAGGGAGGGAGAGUGUGUGGGGACCAGACCAAGCAUGGAGGCACUGGCCGCCGCAUUCGCCGCCGGCCUUCUCCUUGCCCUCGCGGCGGCGCCAGCGGGGGCCGAAACCGACUCCGCCGACGCCGCGGCGCUGGGGAAUCUCUACACCUCCUGGAACAGCCCGUCCCAGCUGGCUGGGUGGUCGGCCAGCGGCGGCGACCCCUGCGGCGCGGCGUGGCAGGGCGUCACCUGCUCCGGCGCCGGCGUCACCGAAAUCAAGCUUCCAGGGGUAGGGCUGGAUGGUUCUCUGGGAUACCAACUCUCCAACCUGUUCUCUUUGAAAACACUAGAUUUGAGCAAUAACAACUUGCAUGGUUCAAUACCUUACCAGCUGCCACCUAAUCUCACUAAUCUGAAUCUGGGUGGCAACAAUUUCAAUGGCAACCUUCCAUACUCUAUAUCAAAUAUGGCUUCGAUUCAAUACCUCAAUCUCAGCCACAACUCACUUUCUCAGCAACUGGGUGAUCUAUUUGGAAGUCUCAAUUCACUUUCAGAGUUAGAUGUGUCUUUCAACAAAUUGACAGGGAAUCUUCCCAAUUCUAUUGGUUCUUUAUCAAAUCUUUCAAGUCUUUAUAUACAAAACAAUCAGUUAACGGGUUCUGUCAAUGUUCUCCGUGGGCUAAGCCUUACUACAUUAAACAUAGCAAACAACAAUUUCAGUGGUUGGAUACCAAAAGAAUUCAGCUCCAUUCCAGAUCUAACACUUGACGGAAACUCAUUUGCCAAUGGACCUGCUCCUCCACCUCCACCUUUUAUGCCACCGCCCCCUCAAAGGCCACGGAAUCGUCCUAAGCAACCUCAGGGGCCAGGAGAUGCACCUAAAGCUUCAGAAAGCCCCACCAUUCAAAGUAACAAGAAGCAAGGCCUUGGGACAGGUCCGCUUGUGGGCAUAAUUGCUGGAUCGAUAGUUGCUGUUUUAUGUGUGUUUUUGCUUUUGGUAUGCUGCAUGUGCAAUGCUCGGAAAAGAACUGAUGAUGCCAGCAGUGAAUCAAAAGAUUUUGUUGGACCUCUAACAGUAAACAUUGAGAGAGCUUCUAGCAGGGAAAUCCCAGAGCAGAUUGAAGAUACGUCUAUAGCAACUGCGAAAUUCCCACCUGAGAAAAUGACUCCUGAGAGAGUUUACGGUAAAAAUGGUUCUAUGAGAAAGACAAAAGUGCCCAUAACCGCAACACCUUAUACUGUUGCUUCUCUCCAAGUUGCUACUAAUAGUUUCUGCCAAGAUUCUCUUCUGGGUGAGGGUUCACUUGGUCGUGUUUAUAAGGCUGAUUUCCCAAAUGGAAAGGUUCUCGCUGUUAAAAAGAUAGAUAGCGCCGCGCUUUCUUUACAGGAAGAAGACAAUUUCCUUGAGGCUGUAUCGAGCAUGUCACGGCUAAGGCAUCCAAACAUCGUGCCAUUGACAGGAUAUUGUGCUGAACAUGGACAAAGGCUUCUUGUCUAUGAGUACAUUGGAAAUGGAACACUGCAUGAUAUGUUGCACUUCUCUGAUGAAAUGAGCAGGAAGCUUACAUGGAACAUCCGUGUAAGGAUAGCACUAGGCACUGCUCGAGCACUUGAGUACCUGCAUGAGGUGUGCUUGCCAUCUGUUGUUCAUAGAAAUUUUAAGUCUUCAAACAUUCUACUAGAUGAGGAGCAUAAUCCACACCUAUCUGACUGUGGACUUGCUGCCUUGACUCCAAAUACUGAAAGACAGGUUUCAACUGAAGUAUUUGGAUCAUUUGGCUAUAGUGCCCCAGAGUUUGCCAUGUCUGGCAUUUAUACUGUAAAGAGUGAUGUGUACAGUUUUGGAGUGGUAAUGUUAGAGCUAUUGACAGGGCGGAAGCCACUAGACAGUUCCAGAGAGAGGUCCGAACAGUCUCUUGUUAGAUGGGCUACCCCUCAGCUUCAUGAUAUUGAUGCACUUGCUAGGAUGGUUGAUCCAGCAUUAAAUGGAAUGUACCCAGCUAAAUCACUCUCUCGUUUUGCAGACAUAAUUGCACUCUGUGUUCAGCCUGAACCAGAGUUCCGUCCACCAAUGUCAGAGGUUGUCCAGCAACUUGUGCGCUUGAUGCAGAGGGCUAGCAUAGUAAGGCGGCAAUCAGGAGAAGAGCUAGGGUUUUCAUACAGAGCUCCAGAACGAGAAGGAGACCUGAGAGACCUUUCCUUCUAAGCAAGUGCUUCCAUGAUACAAGCGCAAAGCAGUUGGGAGGCUCAAUUUGCAAGGAAAAUAUCCAAAACACUCGUAUAGUCAUAUGACUUGGAGGUCUUGGGGAACUCGAGCUGAUCGCAACAAUUCAGGAUCGAAUGAGUUUGAGAAGAUAGUUUUGGUACCUAUUGUUCAACUUUGUUCAUUCUUCUACAUUCGUCCCAUUUUCCAGUCAGUAUACUUGCUGCUGUAUCAAAACUGAGGGUCUGAGGCUCAAAUCUUUGGUGGUGUAUAGCUGAUUAUUGGUAGAAAAGAAGGAACAGAAAUGUAACAUGAUUGAUGCUCUGUUAAGUUUUAAUGACAUAAAUAUCUUAGACCCCA